CCGGCAUGGUUCAAACCUCGAUGAAGUUCCUGGCUUUAGCCAUCGCCGCCACGACCUUCACGACCGCCGACCACGUCCCUCUCACCAUCUCCGUCCUCGGGACGGGCCUCGACGAGCUCGACGGCCUCUAUAUUCGAGAUGGCCCGGAGAACAUUGCGCACGGCGACUGCCUCAAAGCCGACGGCGUCCUCUGGCGCAACGGCGAUGCCGUCAUCGAGGGCACGGACAAAGCCUGGCGCAUCGCGGCCAACGGCGUGUGGUACUUCGAGGCCGCGGUGACGGGGUGCGAUCCCGGCUCUGGCCUCGCGUGGUCCGAGAACGCGGGCGCGUCGACGCCCCUCGACGCGCCCGUCGUCGUCGCCGUCGCGCGCGAAGCAGCGCCGACCGGCGACUUGGCGACGCUCGCCGCGCCGCUGGCGCUCCGGGUGGCGGGCGCGGGCGACGCGGACGGCCGCUACGUCUUGCGCCGCGGCGCGCCCGUCGUGGGCCUCCUCUGCUCGCGCUUCGACGGCGUCUACUGGGCCCACGACUCCCGCGACUACGUCCUCGAGGCCGGCGACGCGGCCAUGGUCUGGACCAUCGCCGCCGCGGGCGAGGACUGGCUCUACGGGUCCGACGCGCCGGGAUGCGACCCGUCGACGAUGGCGUGGGUCGCGAACCCGGAGGAGGAAGCAUACGGCGAGCCCCUGGUCCGCGAGACGACGUACAAGGUCUGCGGCAUCGACGCGGCCCUCUUCGCGGCGCGCGAGACUCUAGAGUCUGCGGGGCGCGGCAGCGACGACGAGCGGCUGUUCGGCGACCUCUGCGCCGCGACCGACGAGGCGUCCGCGGCCGCGUGCGUCGCCGCGCUCUGCUCGGCGGAACCCUCCGAGGGCGAGUCCUCGUGCCCCGAGAUCCAGCACCCGCCCGACGCCAUCGUCGUCACGAAGCGCGAGACGAAGGACCGCUCCAUGACAGACGCGGGCCUCACCGCGUCGCUGGUCCUCGCCGGCCUCUUCCUCAUGUUCGCGGCCCUGAUCGUCCGCCUGCGCGUCCACGAGCUCCACCGCAUCAAGAAGGUCCAGCCCCUCGGCUUCACCGUCGAGCACUACCCGUCGCUCGAGGCCGGGCGCAUCGAGAUCCUGGCCGUGGAGGGCGACGCCGCGCGGCGCGAGGUCCAGCUCGUCGGCGACGCGCGGCACAUCGCCGUCGUCGAGGCGCUCCACCGCAACGUGACCUUCUGGUACACGCCCGCCGCCUACGGCGGCGGGGACAUCGCGACCCUCGUCGAGCUGCUCACGAACCACAGCGACACCGUGGGCUCCGUCAUCCUCGAGUGCAAGCACAGCAUCAACUCGUCGCACCCGCUCGGCGUCAACUGCGCCGAGCCCUACGACGAGCUCGACAAGACCUGCAAGUCCUGGACCGACACGUGCCUCAGGACCGCGGAGGGCCUCACGGCCGCGAACAUCAACGUCGAGCUCUUGGUGGCCGGCCCCGACGGCGCGGGCAGCGGCCCCGCGACGAACUGGACGCCGGCGGCCUUCGAGCCGGCAAACGCGACGAUCUUCGCCAAGACCAUGAUCGACGUCGCGAAGCGCUUCAACGCCACGGGCGUCAACGUCGACUCGGAGCCCGACCAGGGCGGCGGCCCGACGAUCCGCCCGGAACCGUACGCGGCCUACCUGGCGACGCUCAAGCCCCUCCUCAACGCCGCGGGCCUGCGCCUGACGGCGGACGUCGCCGCGUGGUGCGCCAUGACGAAGGACUACGCGCUCCUCGCGCCGCACGUCGACCGCCUGCUCAACAUGGAACAGUACAACGCGAAUUCCAUGGACGGCUGGCUCAAGGGCGACGCCUACGGCGGCUACUACGAGCAGUUCCUCGAGGCGGCGCCCGUCGACAAGGUCGGCCCGGGCCUCGGCAUCUGGGCCGCCGCCUGCGGCAAGAACGCGAGCGGCGCGGCCGUGCCGUGCUGGACCACGCUCGAGGAGAGCGGCGCGCCGCGCGUGGACCGCAUGAUCGCCGACAACGUCCCGGAGAUGGCCAUGUUCCGCCUCAUGUGGAUCGGCGGCGCGCACCAGCCCGCGGCCUGGUGGUGGCCGCUCCUCGACAAGUUCGCGACCAGCCCGCUCAACUAG